UAUCGAUUCAUACGGAAAAAUGUGUGGAAAUUAAAUAACAAAAGAUCUCAUUUUGGUAUCAAUAUUCUUACUCACCAAUUACAAUCACUCUACUUUACUAUCACCAGAUUCCCUUGAGGUUGAGGGUUUUCAUGUGGAUUUUCUGAAAAAUGAACAAGAUGUUGAGAAGCUUGUUUCUUGUUCUUUUGUUGAUCCAUGCAACAUUAGCCACCCAGAAACUAUCACUUUCAAGUUUAUCUACAUCAUCUCGAAUUUCGUCUCCUACGAAAAUAUGGUCAACAUUAAGUGGCAGCAAGCCAGUUGUUGUAGCUCGUGGAGGAUUCACCGGUCUAUUCCCAGAAGGCAGUACAGAAGCAAUUGGCAUAUCAAAGGAGAUUAGCAUUUUUCUUUGCAAUCUUCAAUUUACAAAAGAUGCUGGUGCCUUUUGCGUGACAGGAAUAAAACUUGACAAUGCAACAAAUAUAGCAACAUUUGAUCCUAAAUUGAAAACCUACAAAAUUAAUGGGAAGGAUGUGCAAGGACACUUUAUGGUGGAUUACACAGGUGCUCAGAUUGACCACAAUGUGACAAUGAAUCAGGCAAUCUUUUCUCGUCCUAGUUUCUACGAUGGCAUGUCUCCGGUACUUAAUGUUGAUGGUUUACUAAGUGGCAAAUCUCCACCAAGGCUUUGGUUGAAUGUUCAGUAUGAAGCGUUUUAUAAUGAACACGGAGUAAAGUUAGUUGAUAUUGUUCUAGAAAUGUUGAGACUUUAUAAGAUAGACUUUGUUUCAUCUCCAGAGAUUGGUUUCUUAAGAAGCAUCAAUGGGAAAGCAAAGAAUACAAAGGUUAUCCUUCAAUUUCUUAGCGCCAAUGAUCAUGAACCAACAACAAAGCAACCAUAUGGCUCCAUUGUGAAGGAUCUUGCAGCAAUCAAAUCAUAUGCAUUAGGCAUAAUGGUGCCAAAAGAAUACAUAUGUCCAAUUAAACCAGACAAAUACAUGGGAACUCCCACAACACUUGUAUAUGAUGCACACAAACAAGGACUGGAAGUUUAUGCUUCUGGUUUUGCUAAUGAUUUAUUUUCAAGUUAUAGUUAUAACUAUGAUCCUACAGCCGAGUACCUACAAUUUAUAGAGAAAGGGGAAAUUGUUGAUGGUCUUGUUACUGAUUUCCCUUCGACAGCAUCAAAUUCUAUAGCAUGUUUUGCACAGAACAAUACCCUACCAAAAAAAGAAACAGUGUUUAUCAUUAGCAAUAAUGGAGCAAGUGGGGUUUAUCCAGGUUCCACUGAUCUUGCUUAUCAAAAAGCAAUAGAUGAUGGAGUUGAUAUUAUAGAUUGCUCUGUUCAAAUGACAAAAGAUGGAAUUUUAUUCUGCUUAAAUACUGUAGACCUAAUGGCAGAUACAACUGCUAUGACAAAAUUCAUGUCGCGAACUUCCAAUAUUCCAGAAAUUCAACCAAAAACUGGAAUUUUCUCCUUUGAUCUAACAUGGAAUGAGAUUCAAACCUUGCAACCUCAAAUUGCUAGCCCUCUUGGCAUGGACUUCCAAAGAAAUCCAGCAGACAAAAAUAGUGGUAAAUUUGUUACGCUCUCUGAAUUUUUGGAGUUGGCUAAAGCUAAGGCAGUAACUGGCAUUUUAAUAAAUAUAGAGAAUGCUGCAUACCUUGCAUCGAAGAAAGGCCUUGACAUUGUUGCUGCUAUAAGCACUGCCUUAAGCAAUGCAACUUUUGACAAGCAAGCCACACAACAAGUUCUGAUUCAAUCCGAUGAUAGCUCAGUGUUAUCAAAGUAUAAAGACAUUCCAUCUUACAAAAGAGUGUUUUUAGUUGAAGAUAAAAUAGGAGAUGUGCCUAAGCAAACUGUGGAUGAAAUUAAGAAGUAUGCAGAAAUAGUAAAUCUUCCAAAAUCAUCGAUUGUUAAAGUAUCUGGUUCAUUAUUAACUGGAAUGACUAAAGUAGUUAAAGAGUUGAAAGAUGCAAAUCUCACAGUAUUUGUUCAUACUCUUAGAAAUGAGUUCAUUUCUUUGGCUUUUGAUUACUGGUCAGACCCUAAUGUGGAGAUUGCUACUUACAUCCAUUCUGUUAAGGUUGAUGGAAUAGUCACAGAUUUUCCAGCCACUACAAGUAGAUAUCUUAGAAGCCAAUGUAGUGAUCCUAACAAUGUGGCAACCAUCUUACCUGCUCAGGCUUGUGAACUACAAAGUACUAUUCCACCAACAUUACUACCACCAUCAGAAGCACCACUUCCCCCUCUUAAGGUUGAAAACGUGGUUGACCCACCUCUUCCUGCAGUGAUUACUGUUAAUGCUCCUCCGUCGUCUACAAUUGCACCACCACUACCUUCGGGAGCUUGGAAAAAUGUUGUUAAUCAUGGUUUCUCCCUAGUUGUAAUCAUUGUAGUUGUCACUACUACUACUACUAGUCUUACUCUGUGAGUGACAAUAUAUAUAUAUCUUAUUUGAUACAUGUGAUUAAAUCGUUCUUUGUAUCAUACAUAGUAUGCAUUUUUUUACUAUAUUUUGGGUGCAAA